UCGGUGUGGCACUGGCAGCGCUACCGCGGCCAUCGGGGCUCCGCGGGCUUGUGCCGCCCCCUCAGGGCACCACCCGGUGCGGGAGAGCCCCUCGCCGGCCGCCACGGGCGCAGCGGGCGGAGCCGGGCCCGGGCCGAGGGGACGCUCCCCCACCGCUCGGUAGGGGCGGGAGGGAGGGAGCGCUCGCCGGGGCCUCCGCGCCGGGCUCGCUGUGGGCUGUGCUGGGGCCUCCGGCGGGGUGCGAGGGAGGAGGGAAAGAGGGAGAAGGGAGGAGGGAGGCCCGGCCGGCGCUGCCCGUGGCGGGCGGGGGAGCAGCAGAGCCCCGCCGCCCGCAGCUUUGUUCGCCGGGCCCUCCGACGCUCGUCCCACUCCUCUGCCCCAGUCCGAGCGCCCUCCCGGUUCCUUUCUUUCCCGUCUGCUGGAUAUCUCAGUGUGGGAGCAUCGCCUGCGGGACCGACCCGCGGUGCGGGACUAGGAAACAACAGGUCUUCCCCCCACCCCUCCUCGCCUUUUCUCCGAAGUGGCACUGGCGCCUCGCUGUUGGGAUUAUAAAUGUUUGAACUAAGACCCGGGGAACUGGAAGGAGAGCCUCCCGUUGGAAUUAACAGGAGAGAAAACAAGGGAGGCUUUUCCAAAUCCUCCGCAAGAAAGCCCGUGCUGUUUUUUUCCCGUGCUGUCCGCACGCUGUUUAAUAAUGCGAUUGUGACCUAAGUGGAAUUUAUGAGAGAAGAACUAAUUGAAGCUUCUUGCACCGCUGCAUCGGACUACUUUUUUUUUUUUUUAAUUUUCUCAGCACAUGAUUCCUCCAUCCCAGCUGUUGCAGGACCCGUGGGCCAGUAAUAGAGGGAUGGGAAGCUGAGGCAGUUUAUUUUAACAUUCUUCUGUUCCGGGGACUUUGCGAGUUGGCUGAAGCUGCUGCUGCUGCUUUUUACUGGAUCUGCUCUUUCUUCGGCAGGUUUAUUUGUUUUCAUGUGCACGGGGUGUUUCGAUUAAACAGACAUUGGACUGGAGCUGAAUGGAUGCUUUGCAAGCCGAAAGGUUUUGGGGGGUAACAGAAAACUGCUAAAACAGAGAAGAACUGGUACUGCAGGAAACCUGGGGCCUGUCUUCCAAGCCUUUUUGUUUUAUUGAGCAAGCCAACAAAAGCUCAAAGUACUGUUUUAGGUGUGAUCUUUAUACGUUUGAAGCAUUGGAAGGAACAGAUAAUGAUUCUCAAAAUGUGCAGUAUGAUGUGUGAGGUGAUGCCAACCAUCAGUGAGGCCGAGAUUCCCGCUGGGGGAAAUGGAGGCCACGGUUCAGGUUCCCCAUUACAGUCAGAUGCUGAUUCCCAUUUUGAGCAGUUAAUGGUGUCCAUGUUGGAAGAAAGGGAUCGCCUCCUGGAAACACUGAGGGAAACUCAGGAGACCCUGGCACUGACCCAGGGCAAGCUGCAUGAAGUCGGUCAUGAGAGAGAUUCCUUGCAAAGACAGCUCAAUACUGCACUCCCACAGGAAUUUGCAGCACUUACAAAAGAACUCAAUGUAUGCAGGGAGCAGCUGCUGGAAAGGGAAGAAGAAAUCGCUGAACUGAAAGCAGAAAGAAAUAAUACCAGGCUGUUACUGGAACAUUUGGAGUGUCUUGUCUCCAGGCACGAGCGAUCUCUGAGAAUGACUGUGGUGAAGAGGCAAGCUCAGUCUCCAGCAGGAGUUUCUAGUGAAGUAGAAGUUCUCAAAGCACUAAAAUCUUUAUUUGAGCACCAUAAAGCCCUUGAUGAAAAGGUAAGGGAGAGGUUACGAGUAGCACUGGAAAGAUGUAGCUUAUUGGAAGAAGAACUAGGUACUACACAUAAAGAGUUAAUGAUUCUGAAAGAGCAAAAUAAUCAGAAGAAAACACUUCCAGAUGGGAUGCUGGAUAUAAAUCAUGAACAAGAAAAUACACCGACUACAAAUGGAAAGAGAUCCUCUGAUGGUUCUUUAUGCCAUGAUGAAAACCUUGCUAAAGUGAUUGAACUCCAAGACAUUAUAGAUAAGCAAAACAAAGAGCAGACACAAAUGAAAGAACGUCUCACUGCUCUGUCCAGCAGAGUGACAGAGUUGGAAGAAGAUCUUGACACAGCCAGAAAAGACUUGAUAAAGUCUGAAGAAAUGAAUACAAAGUUACAGAGAGAUGUACGAGAGACUAUGGCCCAAAAGGAAGACAUGGAAGAGAGAAUUACAACUCUUGAGAAACGCUACCUCGCUGCACAACGUGAAGCUACAUCUGUGCACGACCUCAAUGAUAAACUUGAAAAUGAAAUUGCCACUAAAGACUCCAUGCACAGACAGAGUGAAGAUAAGAACAGGCAAUUGCAGGAACGACUGGAACUGGCUGAGCAAAAGUUGCAGCAGACCCUGAGAAAGGCUGAGACUUUGCCAGAGGUGGAAGCUGAGCUGGCCCAGAGAGUUGCAGCACUUACAAAGUCUGACCUUUUGUCUCCUGGGAGAUCUGCUGCUAAAGAUGCAAAAGUGUUGGAACUUACCACCAAGCUUAGGAAGGCUGAGGAGAGACAUGGCAACAUCGAGGAACGACUGAGGCAGAUGGAAGCACAGCUAGAGGAGAAGAAUCAAGAGCUGCAAAGGGCUAGACAGAGAGAGAAGAUGAAUGAAGAGCAUAAUAAACGUUUGUCAGAAACUGUUGAUAAGCUUCUGUCCGAAUCCAAUGAAAGGCUCCAGCUGCAUCUCAAGGAAAGGAUGGCUGCCCUGGAAGAUAAGAAUUCACUUCUUCGAGAAAUUGAAAAUGCAAAAAAACAAAUAGAGGAGCUUCAGCAUGAAAAGGAUCAACUUGCGAUAAAUGUUGAUGCAUUAAGGGCUGAAAAUGACCAAGUGAGACUCAGAGCCACAUCACUCCAUCAUAGCAGACCAGAUUUCAGAUUCCCUAUGACAUCUUCCUCUGUGGGUGACACUCACACAGACUCCUUUGGCACCUCCUCCGUGCUGAGGCGUCCCCAGAAGGGACGUUUGGCAGCUCUCAGAGAUGAACCUUCAAAGGUUCAGACUCUGAAUGAGCAGGAUUGGGAGCGAGCCCAGCAAGCAAGCGUGUUGGCAAAUGUGGCACAAGCAUUUGAGAGUGAUGUUGAUGUGUCUGAUGUGGAGGAUGACAGAGAGACCAUAUUCAGCUCAGUUGAUCUGCUGUCACCAAGUGGUCAGGCUGAUGCUCAGACUUUGGCCAUAAUGCUUCAGGAACAGUUGGAUGCCAUCAACAAAGAGAUCAGGCUUAUCCAAGAAGAGAAGGAGAACACAGAGCAGCGAGCAGAGGAGAUUGAAAGCAGGGUGGGCAGUGGCAGCCUGGAUUCCCACGGCCGGUUCCGCUCCAUGAGCUCCAUCCCUCCUUCCUAUGCCAGUGGUUCCCUGGCUGGUUCCUCCCCCCCUGGCAGUGGCCGCUCCACCCCGAGGCGGAUCCCACACAGCCCAGCUCGGGAAGUGGACAGGUUGGGGAUCAUGACACUGCCUAGUGAUUUAAGGAAACACCGUAGAAAGUCUCCAGCUUCCAGAGAAGAGGUACGAGAUGAUAAAACCACAAUAAAAUGUGAGACGUCACCACCUUCUUCCCCUCGGUCUCUGCGUUUGGACAGAGUCCAGAAAGGAGCUUUGCACACAGUGAGCCAUGAAGAUAUCAGGGACAUCAGGAAUUCAACAGGUUCUCAAGAUGGGCAAACAAGUAAUCCAAGUAGCAGUAACAGUAGCCAAGAUUCCCUUCACAAAGCUCCCAAAAAGAAGGGGAUCAAAUCCUCCAUCGGCCGCUUGUUUGGCAAGAAGGAAAAGGGACGACCUGGACAAACAAGCAAGGAAGGAUUAGGACAAGGCGGCAUGGGAGAAGCAGAUGGUUCCUCUCAGGAUGCCUUAGGUCUCAGCAAGCUUGGAGGUCAGGCAGAAAAAAACAGGAAAAUGCAGAAAAAGCAUGAACUGCUGGAGGAAGCCAGAAGACAAGGUUUGCCUUUUGCACAGUGGGACGGGCCUACUGUGGUUGUGUGGCUGGAGCUGUGGGUUGGGAUGCCAGCCUGGUAUGUGGCUGCUUGCCGAGCAAAUGUGAAAAGUGGUGCUAUCAUGUCAGCCUUGUCUGACACGGAAAUACAGCGGGAAAUUGGGAUCAGCAACCCCCUGCACAGGCUCAAGCUGAGGCUGGCCAUCCAAGAAAUCAUGUCACUGACAAGCCCAUCUGCCCCUCCCACCUCAAGGACGACCACGGGAAAUGUCUGGGUAACACAUGAAGAAAUGGAAAAUCUUACAGCCACACAACAAACGGAAGAUGAGGAGGGAAGCUGGGCUCAGACACUUGCCUAUGGUGAUAUGAACCAUGAGUGGAUUGGCAAUGAGUGGCUCCCAAGCCUGGGGCUCCCUCAGUACCGCAGCUAUUUCAUGGAAUGUCUUGUGGAUGCUCGAAUGCUGGACCAUUUAACUAAAAAAGACCUGCGUGGGCAGCUCAAAAUGGUGGACAGCUUUCACAGAAACAGUUUUCAGUGUGGAAUCAUGUGCCUACGAAGACUGAAUUAUGAUCGAAAAGAACUUGAAAGAAAAAGGGAAGAAAGCCAGAAUGAAAUCAAGGAUGUGCUUGUGUGGAGCAAUGAAAGGAUGAUCCAUUGGGUCAUGUCCAUCGGUCUUAAAGAAUACGCGAAUAACCUUCUUGAGAGCGGAGUUCAUGGUGCUCUUGUGGCCUUAGAUGAAUCCUUUGAUUACAUUGCAUUAGCUCUCCUAUUGCAAAUACCCACCCAGAACACACAGGCUCGUGCUGUUCUGGAGAGGGAAUUUAAUAACCUUCUUGCUAUGGGCACUGACAGAAGACUUGAUGAAGAUGAUGAUAAGAGCUUUAGGAGAGCACCUUCAUGGAGAAAGAAGUUUAGACCAAAGGACAUCAGAGGUUUAGCUGCUGGAUCAGCAGAGACUCUUCCUGCAAAUUUCAGAGUUACAACCUCAAUGUCUUCACCUUCUAUGCAGCCAAAGAAGAUGCAGAUUGAUGGCAGUGUAUCAGGAACACAAAGAUUGGAUUCUGCUACAGUAAGGACCUACUCCUGUUAAAGCCUU